AUGAAGGUCGUGGGCCUGCUCUCUGGUGGGAAGGAUAGUUGCUUCAACCUCUGUUAUUGUGCCCAGCAAGGCCAUGAGAUUGUCGCAGUAGCCACACUUACACCGCCCACUGGCAAAGAUGAAAUUGAUUCGUACAUGUACCAAACUGUGGGCCAUGACGCUGUGCACGCCGUAGCACAAGCGCUAGGUGUGCCUUUGUACCGUCGUCCCAUCCAAGGCGCACCAAAGAACCAAGGUGCUAUUUACGGGUCUCGGAAACCUACCCAUACACAAAAUGAAGACCAAACUGAUGAGACAGAAGACCUAUUUCACUUGCUCCUGGAUGUGAAGCAGCAUCACCCAGAUGUCGAGGGCGUGAGUGUCGGCGCCAUUCUCUCCAACUAUCAACGUGUCCGUGUUGAGCAUGUGGCUCUUCGCCCCGAAUUACAACUUCAACCUCUUGCUUAUCUCUGGCAGCGAAAUCAGAGCACUCUUUUGCACGAUAUGACGUCGGCUGGUCUGGAGGCUAUUCUUAUUAAGGUGGCAGGGAUCGGGCUAACAGAACGUGAUCUAGGACGUACACUUGCAAUGAUGACACCCAAGUUAGAGCAACUUCAUGAGCUUUACGGCGCGCAUGUAUGUGGCGAAGGUGGUGAAUAUGAAACAUUGACUUUGGACGCUCCGAUCUUUCAAAAGCACCUUACUAUGUAUGUUCUGUACUUAUCUAACCACAGUGAUGAGAAAGAGGUUGUUGUUCAUUCCGAUGCUGCGUUUGCGAGCGUGAGCUACCUCAAAUUCCCGCGUAUGCAUGGGGAAGAUAAAGAGACUUAUGGGGCGGACGUGGCCAAGGCAUGCAUGCCUGUUCCUCCAGCGUUGGAUCCCACUGGCGAGAUGUAUAUUGACGCCAUUGCGGAUCGUAUACCAUCUUUUCCCUCCUCCCCCAUCGUAAUCUCUUCACCGGCGCCUUGGCAGCCUAUGUUGUCUGUAUAUGACAAAGGCGACUGGCUAGUUGUGGCAGAUAUUGCUGCAUCUGAGGAGGCACUCUCGUUCGAAGAUGAAGUGAAACAAGUCUUCACCAAACUGCAAAAGACUCUAGCAGUGCGUCAUCUUCAAACCACCGACAUUGUACACAUGAAUGUUUACCUUUCCUCACAAACGUACUUUGGCCCUUUGAAUGCCAUCUACCGCACACAUUUCGGCGCAGCGCCGCCUUCGCGUGCAUGUAUUGCGUUGCCGGCUGGGCUCGGCGCCCGUAUUCUCUUAGAUGCUGUGGUAUGCCGACCCUCAUCGCCUCCCGAUCACCGUUGCUUGCAUGUGCAGAGCCGGAGUUUUUGGGCUCCUGCCAACAUUGGACCUUAUUCACAGGCUGUUGGAACGCAUGGCAGGAUCUACAUGGCCGGUCAGAUUGGUAUGGAGCCUAUCAGUUUGGAUGUCCCUACGAAUGUACCCCACCAGUUGGCCUUUGCGCUCCAGCAUCAGCGCCGGAUUGCACUGGCUGUGCGUGAGUGGGACAUGCAUGGGUACAUCGAAGGGGGACUAUGCUGGGUGGCUACUCCCUCUGCUGACACGGAUGCCUGGGCGGAUACGCUCAAGCAACUGUGGUCAACGCCACCUAGUGAAGAAAUUCAUGCACAUACCCAAACAGUACCUGAUGAUGCUUGGUUAGGUCAGCCCUUGAAUGAUAUCCCCCUACUCAUCGUGCACGUCGCCUCGGAUGGUCUGCCGAAGCAGUCUUUAUCUGAAUGGCAGCUUACGGCACGUAUGCCUGGAGAAGACGUGCAGCCUAAGGUUGCUAAAGGUACAUGGAUUGCUCAUGGUGUGCAGUGCACAUAUCAUAUCCAACAGCACGAUGGCUUGUCUUGCGGUGUGGCGGUGCUUUCUCCCACAGAGAAGCCCGCCACCUCCCCAGCUUCACAAGCUCCCUUCCUGGACGCAUGGCAGCAGGCUAUGCAUGUCAAACUCGUAUCACAUACGGAGACCCCACGUGCUUCUGUGUUGGCUUUGGUCUCGUCUUGGGCGCCCUCACCCAGCCCAGCCAUAACGCAUAUUCCUUCACUAGGAUGGCAUCUGGCUGGUGUAGAACAAGCGCCCCACUGGACGCCUGCAUCGUGUGCCUUGGUAUGGACAUAA